AUGGCAAGCCUCCUGCUGCUGCGUUUGCAAGCCUCGACUAUCUUGCCGGAUGAGGUCACCUCUGGGACUGUGAUUAGUUCGUGCGAACGGGAUACGCAGUGGCAGUUCGCCUUGCACAUUUUCUGGACGGGCAUGGAUGGCAUGCUCAGCGAGCAAUGCUGCGACAUCCUGAAUCGGGUACUGUCUGCCUCGAUGAAGUGGGAGCUUUGUUUGGCACUUACCGAAGCGAUGCUCUCGCACAGGUUAGUGGGCAAUGGUAUGCACGUCGCAUCCACUGCAAGCGCCUUGCAGAAAUCUGUUGGAUCCUUGGCUGCCUACUGCGGCCUUUUGUGGGCUCUCCAAGCUCGAGGAAAGGCAGUCUGA